AUGAACCUUCAUGAGCCGCGAAUUCCUAUCCUGUUCCCCACGUCCCUGCCUGUGCCUCACCUGCUGCCGCUCCCCUGUGAGUCCACCUACUUCCCCGCGGCGCAGCCAUGUGUAGGGUGUGGCGUGAAACGCCGAAGUGUAGAGUCUGUGCAGAGCGCACGGAGCUACAGAGCUCACAGCCGCCCCUUGGCAAGUCAUGCGAUGACUAGGCUUCGUGGUGACGCAGGGCGGUUGAACGGGCUCAUGGAAGGUGCAGGGACCUUGGGAAGAGUGGCAGCACAGUGGCUCUCCCUGCCGCAUCAACGAGGGCAGCAUCAUGGCCCUCAUCACCUCGCCGCCGUUGCAUUGGUCUUCUACAUGAGGCUGCGAGGUGCUCCGUGCGGCCUAAGAUGUCAUGCAGCACGGGCACCUCAGGCAGCAGCUACAGGAGGUCCACCUGCAACGGCAGCUAUCCUCUUCCUCGGCAGUGGGCUCUCCACACCACCAGAGGCAGCUCUGGCAACGGACCAGCUUGGGCUGCAGUCCAAACAGCAACAGCUCCUGCGCCAGUCUCUUCCACUUCUCACAUCUCCUUCCACCCGACCUUAUCUACUGCAACUUCCCAAGCAAACAAUCAAUCCCUGUGAGAGUAAGCGUCCAUCACCAACAUUUUUGCUGGAUUCAUCCUCCACUGCACUCGAAGCUGGAGGCCAAGACUGCGACAAAUAUCUCACCAGAUGCAAAUCAUCUUCACUCGUCCAUAACUCAUACAUUUUUACUGAUAUUAUCUGUUCUAUGCGAUGCACGAGCUCAUCCAAUGCAUCUUCACUCCUCACUUGCCUCCCACAGCUAGGCAGCACUGAUGGAGUUGACUGUGCUGUCAAAAUAGAGAUUCUUGGUGAAACUGAUCCAUCUCAUAGAACAAGUGAAGGAAUCAAGAAUCAAGACCGAAAGAGGAUUCUUGGUGAAACUGAUCCAUCUCAUAGAACAAGUGAAGGAAUCAAGAAUCAAGACCGAAAGAGGCUCAAGGAUGAAUUAUUGUUCUUGACCAAAGGAAUUGGAGCCACAUGCCGAUUAUACCAUAUCCUGGUCUUUUCCAUCAAGGGCGGCCGUGACGCGGCACCGCCGGCGGACGCGCUCGCCCCCGCCACACAACCACCCGUGCUCAGCGCCGCCAUGUCGUCACCUGCGCUUGCAGCGACCACGAUGGCCGUCGGCACGACCAUGGAGGAACUCGCAGCGACCUCGACAGCCGUCGGCAUGACCACGGUGGAACUCGGAGUGACCUCGCCGCCCCUCCUCGUGGUCCCUCGUCUCAUUUCACAUCGCGGUGGAUACAUGUGA